AUGGCGGCACCCACUGCGCUCCUUCAGGCGGCCUCUGCUGUGGCGGCGCCGCCUGCAACGAAGGCUACAAAUGCUUCAGCAGCGGCUCAGGUUGCUGCGAAGACGGCCAAACAUGCUGUGAAUCCGGCUGCGCCGACGUCGGCAAAUCAUGCUGCGGCACUCAAUACCAAUGCGAUGCAAAAGACGAGCAAUGUUGUUCUGGCAACGGCUGCGCACCCAAAGACGCAACCUAAAAACGAUGAUGGGUCCGACGAUCAUUUCUGUUCCCCUGGAAUGACUUGUCUUGACACUUUGUAUCUUGAUUUGAAUGACUACCCCGGCGAAGAUGAGAUCUUUGAGAAUAUGUGCAGAGGGAAUAUGCAAUGGCCCGGUUUCAAUGCAGAUCGGCCAAAUGAGAUUUUUCUGACGUACAACGGCAAAAAUCAGAACGCCGCUGCGGCUGCGAAUCGUCGAGCGGCGGGGUGUGCUGGGAGUCCUUGUGCCAGAAUCUUUGGAGAGACGUUACCUAACGGAAAUCGGAUACGAUGGUCAUGCGAGGAGUGGCCUCCAGCAGCAUCCGCCGAGGGUGGUGCGCUUGCAUCCAUCAUUUGUGUGCCGCAGAGUAUUAAUAGUGCCAUUGGAAGUCGGUGGCGCUGGGCGGUAGAUGGGAAGUCAAAAGGUGAUCAGAUUCGGGUCAAGGUCAAGGGGAUCGAUUGUUCGAAAUAUACCAACGAUAAGAAGAGGUCGAUCGAAGAAGAAGAUAAAAACAUACUUCUCGGGAGGGCAGCAACUGGGGCUGUGCUCAAGAAUGAUAGUGAAGUGAUUUUUGUCGAUUCUUCCGUUUAUGGAAACAAAACAGAUGGUAGCGUUGCCAUUAUUAUUCCGUUUGAUGUUCCAUAUGACUUUGAAGCAACGUUUAAUGUGAAUUAUUCCAUUGCAUCGGGGAGUUUGAAGUCUGGUUCUAUGAUCGAUGACUGGGGAAAUGACUUUGGCUCGAUACCUAUUUCAGACUCGGGACAAACGGCAAGUGGAAACAUCCAAGUUGGCCCCGAUGGUGUCGGCGAUGUCAUGAUGUUUGCCUGGGUUGAUACCACGGCUGUUUCGGUGAGCUACUCCACCAGCUUUUCCACGAGCUCGACCACAGCUACUGCUCGAUCAACGUCGACAGCGACCUCCACACACUCUACGUCUACUACAACUGCCAUUCCAACGUCGGCUUCGGCUGGGAAUGGUGCGAGGGCAAUCGAUGUCCCUAGUAUGAUGCUCUGGGCUGAAGUUCCAAUUGCUGCGGUGCUAUUUGCCUAG